CCCUUUUAUUUCCUUUUUCUUACUUUUUUUUUGCCCGAACUGGUUAAGCCCUUCCCUUCGGCAGCCAUCGCUGCUUCACAUCGGCGUCGCGGCCUUGGCCAGGGCUCCCGCAAAAGGGAUCGGCCAUGGCGGCGUCUCUCCAGGCCUCGUCCUCCCUCCGCUCGCGCCUCCUCUCAUCCUCAUCCGGUUGGUGUCCGUGGCGCCUCCUCCUCUCCUCCUCCGUCCACUCGGACGCCUCCCAUCAGACCGAAACCCUCGCCUUCGACGAGAUCCAGCUGUCCCCCGAGAAGCAGCCCACCGCCACCGCCUUCGUCCUCCACGGUCUCCUCGGCUCCGGCCGCAACUGGCGCUCCUUCUCGCGCGCCCUCGCCUCCGAACUCCACAACCACACCCCUUCUGACGAGUGGAGGAUGGUACUUGUGGAUUUGAGGAACCACGGCAGGUCGGCCGGGAUCAAGGGGCUCGGCCUGCCCCACGACAUGUCCAGUGCCGCGAAGGACCUCGCCAGUUUGGUGAAGGCCCGUGGCUGGCCAUGGCCGGAUGUUGUUGUGGGUCACUCCAUGGGUGGAAAGGUCGCGCUAGCCUUCGCGGAGAGCUGCUCGCGUGGUGUGUAUGGAGAAUCUGCUGUUCUUCCCAAACAGCUCUGGGUGCUUGAUUCUGUCCCUGGACAAGUAGAAACGGAUAACAGUGAUGGUGAAGUUGAGCAGGUUCUUCAAACGCUAGCAAGUCUUCCUUCUUCGCUUCCCUCACGCAAGUGGGUUGUUGAUCACAUGCUCAGCCUUGGAUUUUCGAAGUCACUUUCAGAUUGGAUUGGCAGCAACUUAAAGAAGGACAAUGAACAUGUGACCUGGGCUUUUGAUCUUCAGGCUGCCAUAGACAUGUUCAAUUCUUAUAGGGAAAGGGACUAUUGGGCACUGCUGGAGAACCCACCAAAGGGUUUGGAGGUUGCAAUAGUACAAGCAGAACGCAGUGAUAGAUGGGACCCUGACGAUGUUCAAAGGCUAAAAGCAUUAUCAAGGAGGGAGUGCAAGCCUGAUACCGGGAAAGUGUCGCUUCACGUUCUUCCCAACUCUGGCCAUUGGGUUCAUAUGGACAAUCCCAAGGGACUACUUGAGAUAAUGGUGCCUAACUUCCUGUCAACUGUUAAAAGUUGAGAAAUAUUGUCAACUGCAGCAUUCUUUUAGUGGGACAUGUCAUGCUUCACAACUGGAAGGAUAACGUUUCUGCUCUGUUGUCGUGAUUGAAUGAGAGCUCUUUGAGCUUUCUUUCUGCACUUUUUCAAAAAACACAUUGCACCUACUGUUGAUAAAAGAGAAAAUAUUAUAAUUCGAUGGUCUCUUUUUGCAA